UCCUCCGCUGCUUAAAAAAAUCCGUCCAUUUCAAGGCGGCUUCAAGGUCUCCUGCAAAACCUCCACAAUCCCCCUCGCUCCACAUGGAAUCCGACGGCGAGCAUUCGCCGCCGCACGCCUGCGGCGCUGGCCACCGGGCGUCGCACUCUCUCCCGACCUCGGCGGGCGGCAGCGUCUGCGUUUCCUGCGCCGCGGCCCUCCUCUCCUCCGCCUCCGCGCCGUCCCACCACGUCUCCCACGUGCUCGCCAGCCUCUCCCUCGCCCUAGCUGACCCGGCCUUCCUCGCGCCUCUCCGCGCCGCACACCCGCGCCUCCUUGCGGUGCCACUAGUCGAGGCCCUCGCGGGCGCGGCCGCCCGCCGAGACGCCGCACUCGCCACCCAGGCAUCCGACCUCGCCGCCGACCUCGCGUCCGCCGUGGGCCCCCCUGCCGCCUCCGAGCUCGUCGCGCGCCUCGCCCACGUCCUCUCCUCGGGUUCCCUCGUCAAGCACUUCCACAUGCUACACUGUUUGGGAUUUUUGUUAAAUUCUAUCAAAGGUGCUUCAGCAUACAUUGGAGAUGCAGUUUCUCUUUUCUUAAAUCUUGUUAACAAUCUGCGACUACCAAGUGAUGAAAUUCGUGGAGAGAUACUGUUCAUGCUGUACAAACUCUCCCUGUUAAACGCUACCCCGUGGGACAAUAUAUGUGAUAAUGACAAUGUGGACCUUUCAGCAGUCGGAAAAAGUUUGCUUCAACUCUCGCUUGAAGUUCUACUUAAAACUCAAAAUGAUGCUGUUCGCCUGAACUGUAUUGCAUUGCUCCUUGCGCUAGCAAAGAAGGAGGCCUUUGAUAUUUUGCUGCUUGGCGACCUGAGCUUAAUCAAGUCUGUAGAGGAAGAAGAGUCCACGCAGACGGAUGAUGUGCCCCCGAAUGCCUCUAUCAUAGUUCUAUUUGCUGAUGCUGUCAAAGGAUCUCUGCUCUCUACGAAUCUAGAAGUGCAAACUGGGACAUUGGAUUUAAUCUUUCAUUUCCUGUCGUCUGAUGCAAAUAUUUGUGUUGUACUUCAAACUUUGGUAGAUGAAAAUGUUGCUGAUUAUGUAUUCGAGGUUCUGAGGUUAUCAGGAAAUAAUGAUCCACUGGUAAUUUCCUCUAUUCAAGUACUAUCACUUUUAGCAACUUCAGAGGAGAUGUUCAAAGAAAAGCUUGCCAUUGGAUUUUCUACUCUGCUUCCUGUUCUUCAUUAUGUUACUGAGAUUCCAUUUCAUCCAGUCCAGUCUCAGGUUUUACGACUUGUUUGGAUUUGUAUUGCUAAUUGUUCUGGUAUUCUGUCGUUGUCCCAAGAAGAACAGAUAGCAUGUACUUUGACUCUAAUUUUGAGAAGAAAUGACAGUGGUGAACUUGGAAUGUGUUCUGAAACCUUUGCUCUUGUUUGCUCAAUAUUAAUAGAGAUUAUGAGGUCACCGUCUGCUCAUGAUAUUCAGAAACUACCUUCAUUAAUUGAAGAAGCAUCAAAACAUGCUAUCUCUUCGACAUUACCUCAUGCCUAUGACUCUGCAUUUCUCGUACCACAUUCUCUUCGUCUUCUUAAAGAAGCACUUAUAUUCUGCCUUGAAGGGAAUACAGAUAAGAUUUCUGUCAAGAAGGACCUUGAAGAUAGCGUCAUUGAAAUUUGUGGAACUUAUUUACUGCAUUGGCUCGAAACUGCUGUUGUUGAUGGUAAUGAUGAUGAAACAUUGGGAGAAAUCCUUCAGAUUUUCCAUAUUAUUCUAUCAAGCACAUGUCACAAUAAGCAACUCAAGUUUGCUGAGAUGCUGGCAUCAUCCUCAUGGUUUAGCUUGUCAUUUGGAUUCAUGGGCUUAUUUCCUACCGAUCAUGUCAAAUCAGUAGUAUAUUUGAUCACUAGUUCAAUUGUCGACAAAAUUUUGGGCUGUAAAUAUGGGGAAACAAUUAGAGAUGCAUACGUAUAUCUGCCAUCAGACCCUACAGAACUUGUGUAUUUACUUGGGCAAUGUAGCUCCGAAGAUUUCAACUUGGCAUCAUGUCAAUGUGCUAUUCUAGUUAUACUUUAUGCCUGUUCAUUCUACAAUGAAAGGCUGGUUGCUGACAGCCAACUUCUGUCUUCAGUUGAGCAAUACAUCCUUCUAAAUGGUGGGAAGUUUCCCUAUGAAAUUGCUGGUUCUGUGAUGCUUACUCUGCUGGUCCAUCUUUAUGCCUUCGUCAGAGGCAUUUCAUUUGGCUGCACCAUUCAACAUAGUCCAGAAGCUGAGAGAACUCUGUUCCAUGUAAUGGCAUGUAAGGAGUGGGACUUGCUUUUUAUCCGAGUCCACCCAAUAGCACUAAAAUGGCUCUUCCAGAAGGUAGAACUCCUAGAACCACUAUCUUUCCAGAUGCUAAAUUUCUGCAGAACUUUCUGUGAAGACAGAACUGUCGUGCUUUUAAACAGCAGUCAGUUGGUGGACAUAAAGAUGGUUGCAGAACUGGUAUUUUCAGGAGAAACUAGUCUCUCUUCUUUGCUUGUAUCCUUACUGAAUCAAAUUAUAAAGGAUGGUACAGAAGAUGAGGUCUUCUCAGUGGUUAAUGUGAUUGCUGAAAUCCUAGUGAUCUCUCCUUGUUCUUCUAGUCAUUUUACAUCAUCUGGUGUUAUAGAUGCAGUUGGUAGUAUAUAUUGCUCCCCAUAUUCUUCAAGGAUUAAAACAGUGUGUUCCCUUUUGAUCUUUAAUAUUUUAUACUCGGCAAGUGCGAUGACAGUCUACUGGGAAGAUGAAUGGCUUGCUCUUACCAUGAAGUUAUUGGAGUAUUUCAAUUCGAGUCUUGAUUAUACAUCGAGUGACCAAGAACAGAAGAUAUUAAUUGGGAUAUUUUGCCUUAUUUUGCAUCAUUCAGCAAGCAAGGUGCUCAUUGAGCCUGCGAAGGCCAUAAUCUUGAACAAACCACUGGUUUCUUUGACAGAUGGUAUAAUACAGGAAGCUUGUGCAAAGGGCCCAUCUUUACUUCAAUACAAUCAGGAAACAGACUUUGGGGGAUUCAUGAUUUUGAUUCUUCAAUUAGUGUUUUUCUCUCUAAGAAGUUUGCAUGCUAUCCUAGAUCCAAGUAUUGACUGGCAGGAAUUCCUCCAGCAUUCAGAUAACACCCAGUUUUUCUCUGUUGUUGGCAUCCCGUGCCAUGAUUUGUGCCGUCUGAUGCACUUCGGUCCAUAUCCUGUUAAGCUUAUUGCUUCACAAUGCCUGUUGGAAUUGCUUACCAGAAUUUCAGAUCAGAGGAGCUAUCUUAAUGCUGAAUUAAGAUGCUCUGCGCAAUACAUGAAGUCCAUUAUUGCUGUGAUAGAGGGUUUAGUCUUGAGUCAAGACAGUAGAGUUGCUGAAAAUUGCGGGUCCUGUCUCUCAAUGAUUUUAGGUUGGGAGAAAUUCGGAAGCCAGGAGAAUAUGGUGGGCAGAGAAUCAAAAUGGUCCAGGCUAAUAAUGGAGGAAUUUGCAGUUGCCUUGACUGCUCCUGGUUUGACGUCAAAAUCAUUCAGUAAUCAGCAGAAGAUUGCAUCAAAUAUAGCUGUUUCAUUGCUCAAACUAAGCCAAGUUCCAGAAUGGCUGACAUCAUUGUUUGAUAGUUCUUUGAUAUCUGGUGUAGUUGGUAAUCUUUCUGCUAGGAAUGUCACUGCAGAUAUUGUUAAGCUAUUCAGUGAGCUUAUGACUAAGAAAUAUCUCACUCAAGAGCAUGUUGUCUCCCUGCAUAACUUAUUCCAGGUCUGCAGAAGACAGGUCUAUGAGGGGAGUUGUUCGAAGUCGGAGUUGUCGGAGCAAAAGGCGGAAGAAACGGUGGCAAUGAGCCCCGACGAAGUGUGUGCAUUGCUCUUUGGCAUCGUGCUGAAUCAGCGUACAGCCUCGUGCACGUUGCAGAUGGAGCAGCAGAAUCUUCUGCGUGAGAUCGAUCUGUUCUUCCAGGAGUCGAGCCAAGGAGAGUAGCAUUAAGACCAGAUAAUUUGUUCAGCUGUACCGAUCUUUGCCCACUAUGUAUAGUAUAGCCUCUAGAUGGUGCGCGGCAGUGCUUGUGUCCUCUGAACCCUGAGAAGCUUUGCAACUGCUUAUACGAGAGUGGUGGUAAGCAAUCUGGCAAAUUUAUUGCUGGAUGGCAGUUACAGCAACAACGAGCAAGGAACACGGCUGAGAUAUAGAAUGGUGUUAACGCUGAUGCUCCGACGAGGGAACUGACAUUUGCUAUGGUUAAUUGGUGGUGCCAGAGGGCGACGGUGCGCACUCAGAUUUCGUGCCAAUCGCUUGUACAGUGAGUGUGAAGUAUGCAAAUCUAAACAAAAGAAUAUGCCAGUUUUUUUUUUCCGUUGGAGUUGUUGCCCCUUUAUUUAAACAAUAUCGGCAGAGUCUGAGCUCAAAGCAUCCAAAAUACAAACCGUGGGAACUUGGAACCAUGCAGUUCCAUACUCGAACCUUCCUUGGCUAGGGUAUGGACAACACAGUUUGCCGCACGAAUAUGCCAGGUUUUAGAGGUGAGAAUAUCACAGUCCUAUCAGUUUCAGAGCUGAAAGUCACACUUACUGUAUGAAAGAAAAGAAAUUAUUGUCCAUAAUUCAGGAUGGGUACAUGAAA